UAUUCCCUUCGUCACUCCUGGAGAGAACGACCCGAGUCUAACUCGGUUAUUUGUUGACUUACCGCUCGACCGGGUCUUCUUCUCCUGGCUCAAAACCCGGUCAGAUCCCCAAUUCUUCUGUCCCUGAGCCGCGGGCUCUCAAUUCGAUGCCCGGUCAGGUUUCCGCGGAGAGGGAUGAACCGGUUGACAAUGAGCCGACUCCCUAUGACCCCGACAAUGAAUCCUGGGAAGAGUGGGAAGAGCGGCUCCGAGCCGCCGUCUCGCCGGGGGGAACCGGGUGUGAAGGCUUUGUGUACUUCAAAGGUCGAACCGGUAGGAAAUUUAUUUCUGACGUCCCCCAAAGCAACCGGGGAUGGAAAGAAAAGUUUGUUUUUAUCGAGUUUCCUCCAUUUGUCACCCCUUUGGCUGGUCUAAAAUGGAACGACCACCUCCUCAACCAUGAGUAUGCUGCACCGGCCUCCUCCCCUGACUUGGAGGCUAGUGUGGAGAUCCUUCUUCGUGGUGAUCCGUUCACCGGGAGGAAGUAUAAUUACGGAAGUUGGGUCUGGAGGGUCGAACCGGGUGGUGAGGGUACCUCCCAGGCCCAUGACGCAGCGGGGCGCGGGGUACCCUCCCCGGGCAACAUUGCGGAGGCUGAGGGCAACUCCCACCCAGACAUGGAGUUCGAGGAGUUUGCCAUGCCCGAAGACAAGCCAGAAGGGGAGGCCGGUGAUUCUCAGGCCGGUGCCGCCACAACUUUCACGGUCCAACCAGAGACCGUGGAAAUCCACGAUGAGGAAGAACCCGAAGAUGACCGGUCCAAGGGGAAGGGCAAAGAAAAGGCCGGUCGCCGGAUCAAGAAGGUGGCCACCAGCCAUCCCUCUUUCAGCAAGAAGAGGCAGAGGGGGGAUUCAAACCCAGUCUCCCAAACCAUUGAGGAGGCCUUCAUCAACUUGGGCCUGAGGGAAAUUGGGCCCCAUGCAGUUGAACAUCUGGGGAUGGGCUCUCCUUCAGAACUUGCCCGGCUAAAGAAAGAGAAGGAGGAGAUGUCCCUUAUUCUGAAGAGCCAGGCAGACGAGCUGAUCCGUCUGUCUGGUAUGGCCGGGACAAUGAAGGUGGAGAUAUCCCAGCUGAAGAAGGAGAACGGCCGGCUCAUGGAUGAAGUUUCUGAGGCCAAGAAGGAGAUGGCGCUAAAGGAGGAGAGUUUUCCCGGUCGUGCAGCCACAUUGGUGGGAGAAAACAAGGCUGAAGCAGCCCGGGUGAUGACGGCCACCCCGGAGACCACUAUGGAGUCCUUCAGGCUUUUAUACCGGGAGCCUGAAGGAAAGAAGAUGAUAACCACGAUUGGGUCCUUCGGGUUCAAGAGCGGUCAGAAGAAAGACCGGUCAACUAUUUGGGCUUCUCUCAUGACCGGUCAUGGGUGGAAUACACCCAUCAGAGUCCAUCUCAAAGAUUAAUAAACUAUUAUUAAUUAAUAAAUUCUGAUAGGCUGGAUUUUGGAGCGUUAACUUACAUCAAGCGUAAAAUUAAAAGUCAACUACAUUUUAACACUUCUUUAUUUUUUUCACUUGGUCAAAGUUGAAACUUUUUUUUAGAAUGGAGGGAGUAAUAAUAAGGUUGGACGGUA